UGCUCAAAAACAGUCUCUUGUAUAAUAAAUUUAAAAAUAAAAGGAAAUCAGAACGUUGCAAACCGAGUAGACUUUCAAUCCGAUCGACGGUUCCAAGGGGAGAGCCCCGCAAAAAGGAGAAACUGCUGGACUGUGUUGUUUUUUGUUUUUACGUUGAUUGCCGAAGGAAGCAAAAGUUCCAAGGUAGUCCAGACAACCGUCGGAUUUGUGCUGUGCCUGCGCCUGCCUGUCCCUCUGUCCCCCACGUUCGCCCGGAUCGGAACCUCAACAACGAAGACGACGACGGGCAAAGGUUGGAGAGUUCGUGUGUACUAAAAACAAAAAAUAAAACAAGUCAGUGUCCUUUGAGCGUCGGUGAUUACCGUAGGAAGAAGGAAAGCUAGUAGAAGGGUGAACGAAAGUACUGCAAUUUGGAUCGUACUUGAGUCAAGCAAAAAAAUAAUAAUAAAGAAACAACGGCUUGUUUCGUAGGAUUCCUGAUUGCUUUUUUUUUGACGAUAAAAAUCAAACAAAGGAUUUAUUGUGUCUGCGAUCCAGAGUUGAGAAACUUUUAUCGCUCCACAAACUCGAACGCCUCCGGGAAGUGAUUGUAGUUUUAUCAGUACCGAGACUGUGAUCAAAUUGUGUUUUGUUUCUAAAUAUAAACCAGCAGUAGCGAUACGACGAAGGACAGCAAAGCGAUCGCCAGAAAAUUCCAAUCACCGCUUUAGCGUAGUUCUUGUGCUUUUCGUCUCCUAGCAUAAUCAAGCUUUCGGACAGCAAGGCUCAAACGGGUGACACACACACACACAGCCUUUAGUUUUGCUUGCCACUCUUCCGGUACGAUCGUUUGUGCGAUUAGUUUUCGAUUAGCUUCACGUGCGGGUUGAAUGUGUACCACGGAAAUCCACACCAUCGAUUUCAUAUUUAUCUUCAACAAGAACUGUUCCAAGUUAGCCGAUCCGGUUUACUACAGCCACUUUGCGGAUUGAUCAACAACCGUCUUCAAGAUGCGAUCAGAAGCAUAUAUUCGAAUUGGGGGGUUGGUGAUGAUCCCCCUGCUGAUUACACUGCUGUCGUCAUUCAUGCCCCAUGUGGAUGCAUCACCGGUUCCCGCUCCGGCGAAUGGGAAUGACAGCGAGCUUCUACACCAGAUGACUCGGUCUCGGUAUUGCGGUCGCAAGUUAACAGAAACCCUGGCCAUGCUGUGCCAAGGCCGCUAUCCAAUGAUGGGCCACCACCGAUCCGAAUAUCUCUCCGACCAACCGCAGGUCCCGGUGGAGGUUGAAGUGGCCACGCUUCCGGAAAACGCUCCAUACGGAUUUCCCUAUUCGCGAGCCAAGGGCCACCGAAGGGUCCGCCGGGCGGGUAUAUACGACGAGUGCUGCAAGAAAAGUUGUUCGUACAACGAGCUAAGAAGUUAUUGCGAAUGAUCUGCUUCCGCGGCAGUGUCGUCUCCUAAGCAACGGACCAACGGACAACCAUUAUUGUCCGACCUUUUAUUCCCCUUCGACAUCCGGCUUCAUGGGUGCGUCAACGGAGGGGGUUUCUGCGGCAACGUUAUAGGACCGCCCUGGUGGCAGGCUGUUUGGGUAUCUCAGGCGCAACGAUCACCACAAAAAGGGGCAACUAAAAUGAGCGUAUGUUUGAUGUGGAAGAAAGAUUUUUUUUUCUCAACGAAAGCUUGUUAGUUAGAUAGUUAGUUUUUCAACUGCAUUGACAUUCUCUUUGCAAAGCCGUAUAGUGUUUUGAGGGUAAACAAAAUUUACGAAUGAAGAAGAAGAAAAAAAAACAAAGAAAACAAUAUGGGACUGAAGUAUUUUAAAAGCAACACUAGUGCAGUGGAAAACGAAAUAUUUUUAAGUCAAAAGCAUGCAUUUCUGUGUUUAGGAACAAGGAACGGACGUCCCUUAAUUCGUUUGUAAACAACCGAAAAAUCACUACUUUUUAAGAGUUCUUUCCUUGUUCCGUACAAGUUACUCCUUUGUAUUUAUUAGAUCCCCUGUCCUGAUUAGUUAGAGCAAACUACAAAUUAGUCUAUUAUAAGCAAACUAUUACGGACGAUUCAAAUGCAAAUGUAUGCAACUUUGUCGAUUUAUUUAUUAUCGCUCAACAUAAUAUCCAUUUCUAGUUUGUCUCGAACAACAAAUUAGGGAUUCUAGAGAUUUUAAUUACCACAAAAAAUUUGAGGGAAAAGGAAACGAAAGGAAUUAGUCGCUUUCGCUGGUUGCGUUUAGUGUAUCAAUUUGUUAUAUCAGAAAUGGAUCACAUGAUAAAACUAAAUUCUCCUAUCGUUUCCCGAGAAAAGCACACAAGUAGGUACUACUCACUGACGAAUAGUUUUGCUUGCGUCUUUUCCAAUUGUGACCCUCAACAUUCUAUUAACUCUAGCUCGUAAGCCAUCAUUUACUGAAUCGAUUGUGAUCAUCUCACUUCUAGACACACACAUGUAUGAAAGAAGUAAAAUAAAAC